ACCGCCAUUGGAUUUUCAAGAAAGAACAUUUAUCUGGCAGCGGCGUUUACGAAGAAGAAAUGUCAAAAACAAGAUGUCUGAUCGUCUUGUGUCUUGUCUCACCUAACCAUGGCCAUGCACCUAACAUCAUCAAAAGUGUAGUAGAUGAUAAACCGUGAUGCAGUUUGAAUGCAAGGUAGUGCAGUGACUCUUGUAAAGGACACCCAGCAUCUUAAUCAACUGGAAAGGCAGGAAAACAUUGCAUGUGUAGUGUGCCUGUCCUCAGCCUGCAAACUCUAAAUGUUUUCAUACAGAAUUAUUUCCGCCUUUUAUUUUUGCAUGAGGUUCUUCAAGCCCCAAAGCUAAACACCAGGGGCUCUACAAUGAAAACUUUUAGAUUCUUGCCUUCUCAUUAAGGAUGCUGUUUCCAUCGCUGAUUGAUUUUGGCAGCAAUUCAGAAAGUCAGAAGCUAUGAGAAACAACUGCCGAACGUCCCAACGAGUAACCAAUUCUGGAAGAGUCCCAACUCUGUUAUCUAAGGGGAUUCAACAGGGAAGAGGAUGGCAUGUCGUUGUAACAUUCAAGAGACGACGAGGAAUGUUUUCCUUUUGUGUUUUCAUGCCGGGGGCUGCAGUCCACACAUUUUGUUUGGCAAUUGAUCGUGACCCAGCUUCCCUGAAAUUGCUGUCGUCAAUGAAGUAUUAGCCCCGCUGAUGGACAAGGAACACACCAAGUCUCUUCUAUCUUUUCCUUUCUCUAUCCUCGUGUACAUCCGUGUGAAUGUCGGUGUAUUCACGAGGAUUCCCUACUUUGAUUUCCACAAGAUUUCUGCUAACGACAAGAUUCACUUCGGAUGAAGCACCCAGAUCCGCCGUCCAGUAUUCACCUCCAAGUUCACUGGUGUUUGUCUGGAUGCGUGAAUGGCGAUGCCGGCGGACAGAACAACCGCCUCCAUUUGCACCUCGCCAGAAGAUGGGAUGGAGAAAAACCAUCAAAUUCCAAUGCAGAGACAGCAGCACAUUUCUGAGAUUCUCCGCGUGGACACUGAUCACGCCGUUCAAUUCAUCUCCAACGAAGGUCGAGCAAUUACCGACACUGUGCUCGACGGCAUCUUAACCAGGGAAAAGGAUGCUGAAAAUAAAGACGGAAAAAUGACGUUUUUCAUCUGCGAUGCUGUCCGAUGCAACGGUCAAGACAUCACGAAAAUGAGCGUUUUCCAACACAUCGCUUUUGUCAAAGAAAAUGUGAUGGAGCCGAGAUUGGAUGCGGUGGACGAGCACCAAACGAUAUCCAUUAAGAACGAGGUUUUCAAUUUGGAUAUAGUGGAAUGUCUGGACUGUAAUUCAGCUGAUUUUCUGGAUACAGAAUUCGAAAAUGGGUUUAAAUAUCCACUUCACUCUUUUGUCUUCUUCACACGGAACCAGAAAUACGUUGGUGGCAGCUGUAAAAAUGUAUUACGAUGGAGAGAAGAUGAGAAUUAUGACUGUGUCUUUCGUAUUGUAAUUCAGAAAGGGUCAAAUGGGACUGACACUGCCGGAUUGCAGGCGGUUGGUCCGUAUAAUCAAGAAAUUUAUUUUGCCUCAAUCGACAUGACGGAUGUAAUUCAACAGCUAGACCAUCGCAUCGUUGAUUGUCGCUUCGUUAACGGACAAUGGGAUUUGGUCAUAAUUAGAAACGAUCGCUCUCAUCCUGACAGCAGACGUGCCAUUAUCAACAAAAUGAACAUGCUGAAAAAUCCCGUGACGCGGGAAAUUUUGAAGACAAGUUUAGACAAGUCUAAAGGAAAAAUCCAAUAAAAAUCGAUAAAUUCCACACUAUUCUGUCAGCUCUGAAUGUCACCCAGAAUCACAAUUAAAUACUCCAACCUUUUUCAGAAUUUCUUGUCAACUAAGACUGUAAGUGAAUCCAAAAACUACGUUUAUCGUUAUUUUUUAAAUAUUGUUUGCGAUUGUUUGUAUUUCUGGUUUCAGAAUCAUGAAAUGCAUUUUGUCAGACUGCUUACCUUUAGCGUAAUGUCUCGUAAUUAUGUAGUACAUCGACGAAAUACGUAGAUGUAGGUCAUUAAAACGCAAGUUUAACAUUCACAAGAAUGACGAGGGCUUAACCAAUCCGGACAAAUAAAUCGGGAAUCUAUCCCGAUUUAUUGCCUCGAUAUA